AUGCCCGACGGCCUCUCCAAGACUGUACCCAUCUGUCCUGAGCCAGAAGGUUGGGAUACCAAUCUGUACCUUCCAGCGCAGAUUGUAUCGCCGUCUGAAUGUGCCCAAAUUGAGGCCAAACUCGAUUGCUGGGCCGAGGCGCUUGAGAGCUCUGUUCUUCCACUUCCAGACCUCAAGAAGCCGCUGCAUCCAUUCUUUGUUCACCCUGCCACUUCAUACCCUCCACACAUAUCGCCUUCACCGGCCUUUACUCCGAUCAUCUGCGUGUCGGCCUCGCGAUGGAUCAACGACACAGGACGAGGGGAUGUGGUUCCCACCGCGACUCAUGUUGGCGAUGGGAUGUUUUCCAGGACGGUUGCCUUUGACUAUGUCCCCGGAGCCGGAGACGACGACGAACUGUGGGGACAGGGGUUGAAACCAGCACUGUAUCACAAACACAAGGCGGACCUGCUGUCAACUCCACGUGAUGAGCUUCCAGACGUUGUCGACGACCUAGUUGAAGAAGCCAGGGAUCUGUCCAGAGCUUUCAACAGUCUUUCCGUGGAACCCUCAGACGGUAGUGAAUCACCCGUGGAGGGUAUCUGGACUACUUCGAUAUAUGUCGCUCCCAACCUCCGCCUAGACCUUGGCGAACCGAUUCAGAACCCUACAACAAUAACGAGAUCUGAGGACAAGACACUCAAGGUGACCGUCCGCGUCGUUGAAGUUUACAAGCCGUUGAAAGACACACCUUGCGUCCUGCCCGUCGACGUGGCCAAAACCACACCUGUCUUCAUGUUCGCCUUACCAUCGCCACGUUCCCAUGGAAAGGACUUCAUUAUCGCUCUCGGGUCACUUGUCACUAAACUCCGCGCUCUAGCCUCUCAGAGUAUCACUCUGCAGGUUCUCCUUAGCCCCGGAAGGGAAGAGGAGCUCACGACUGCCGUCGACAUUUACAAAAAGGGAGUGUCAUCGAACAGCGGAGAACGUCAAACUUCCUUGCGGAACAGUCUCCCGUCCAGCAGCAGUCUCACCGGUCCGGAGCUGCAAGCAGCCCGAAAGGCUAUCAUCCCCGUCGCCAUCGCCUUGUUGUCGGCCAUUCCUGGACUCGAAGACAGGGUGGAUGAGGGGGAGUUGGAUGUUGACAAAGCGGUCAUCGCCGACUACUUGCACACCCUUGUUGCGCUUUGGCCAGAUGGGAACGUCCAGCGAGCAGCGUUGAAGCGCCUCAACGAGUUCCUGAUGAGCAGCGAUUACCGUUAA